CUUAUUCGCUGCGCGGGAGGCGCAGCGCUCGGUGGGGGAGGGCGCUUUCUGUUGACAGCGCUGCUUUUGCACCAUGAAGACGCUCAUUGCUGCCUACUCGGGCGUCUUGCGAGGCACUGGGUCAAACAUCCUCUCUGCCCUUCAGGAUGUAUUCUGGUUCUCAAAGUCCAAGUUUGAGAAACAGCUCCAGAUUAUAUCCGUGCUGCAAUGGGUUCUGUCUUUCCUUGUCCUGGGUGUUACUUGCUCUAUCAUACUCGUGUACAUCCUCUGCACAGACUGCUGGGCAAUUGCAGCACUGUAUGUGGCAUGGCUGGUGUUCGAUUGGGAUACUCCAAUGAAGGGUGGAAGAAGAUCCCCGUGGGUCAGAAACUGGGCCAUGUGGCGGUACUUCAGAGAUUAUUUUCCAAUACGGCUGGUGAAGACCCACAACUUGCCAACCAAUCGGAAUUACAUAUUUGGCUACCACCCACAUGGCAUCAUGGGCUUUGGCGCAUUCUGCAACUUUGGCACAGAAGCCACCGGGGUCAGCCAGAAGUUUCCUGGCAUUAGACCGUAUCUUGCUACGUUGGCUGGGAACUUCCGGAUACCAAUUUUGAGGGACUACUUGAUGUCCGGUGGUAUUUGCCCUGUGAACCGUCACUCCAUAGAUUUCAUCCUAUCCAAGAAUGGCACUGGCAACGCCGUGAUCAUUGUGGUGGGGGGAGCAGCAGAGUCCCUGAACUGCACGCCUGGGAAGAACUUGGUGAUUCUGAAAAAUCGGAAAGGAUUUGUAAAGCUGGCUCUGCAGCAUGGGGCAGAUCUAGUUCCCGUGUACUCAUUUGGCGAGAACGAGGUGUACAAGCAGGUGAUCUUCGAGGAGGGCUGCUGGGGCAGAUGGGUCCAGAAGAAGUUUCAGAAGUACAUUGGCUUUGCUCCGUGCAUCUUUCAUGGUCGUGGCCUCUUCUCUUCCAACACCUGGGGUUUGAUCCCUUACCCUAACCCCAUCACCACAGUUGUUGGGGAGCCAAUCACCAUCCCGAAAACAGCUCAUCCCACCCAGAGGGAAAUCGACCUUUAUCACAGCAUGUACGUGAGCUCGCUGAGUAAGCUCUUUGACAAGUACAAGGCUAAGUUCGGCCUGCCAGAGACGGAGAUCUUGGAAGUCAACUGAAAGGGCGACAUUUGAUUUGGCUUGGUGGGUGCUCCGUCCUGGAAUUGGCCCCACAGACAUUUUCUCCAGGACUCCAGAUGUCUGUUUGAUAAAUCUGAAAGUGCGCGUGGGUGCAGAUGGCAGUGUUGGUUUUAAAGGAAAGCAACUGUUAAUCUCCAGAUAUUAGACGGUUUUUAAAAUUAACCUUGCUUCAGAUGCAUCCCUUAAUACAUUACUCCUGCUAUCAAAAAAAACCUCUCUCCUGUUUCCCAUGUCCCCAGAAGUUGGGAUUGAGGUGGGAGGGGAAUGUGCUGGCUUCAUGUAUACUGUUCUCAUACUCUGACAGCCAGUGAUAGCAUGGGGAGUACUAUGAGUCUCCAUGGCCCCAGCAGUGGCACAGAUUGUGCUGGGAUGGUAGGGCCCAUUUUGCAGCCAAAAAAAAAAAAAAAAUGAAGCACUUGCCUGAUUAGAUCAUGGCCUUAACUAGAUCAGGUCCAUUGCACAAUAACUGCCCUCUUUAGUUGGAGCACAAGGGCAUUUUGAGUUAGAAAUGCCCCCUCUGGAAGCACAAACAAUGCAAUUUGGUUGGGAUCUCAUGUGGCUUUUGCUGCGCAUGGGGUUGGAAACCAAAGAACUUUGUGUCUCAAACCCUGCUAUUUCCCUACAUGGUGUUGGAUAUUUAACUGCCCCAGAAAUAUCUCCCUGUCCCUCUGUGAGCGUCUGACUCGUGAUGGUAUUUGAAUGUGUGGCGGUGAAGGAGGUUUGGAAAGCUUGCAAUGAGCCAGCAAUACUUUAAAUUCUAGAAGUAUUUGGAGGUGCAAUUUUCAUGUGAAUGCAACAAGCUGUGACAACCACUGAGACUUCUGCGUUGGAGUAAACCCAAGGAGACUUGUUCAUGCACAUAUAAAAUUGUGCAUGUUCCCAGGAUCCAGGCUGAUGCGUGAUGUUGGGAAUAAUUUCUCCUUUUUUUUUUUUUUUUUUUUUUUUUUUUUUUUUUUUUAAAGCUGACUUUUAGAUGUAUUGAUUCUAAUGUUCAAUCCAGUGGAUGCAAGAGUCGCCUUUCUACACAGGACCAACACUGACUGGUUUUUAAAUGUUUCUGUAAAUGUUUACAUGGAUGUUGAUGCUUGUAGUGAGACUUGUUGUUCGAAGUAUUGAUGUGUUUGGAGCGUUGCACUACUGCAUGUGUAACCUGCCUUCAGCAGUUCCUCGGUGAGUGUAUUGAAGCUCUGCAAUUGUGCCUUUGUCUCGGGUGAGAGGCCGGGGCUUUGUGUUCCUGGAAUUUUGCGUUGUAAGACCAAACAAAGUGUUCGAUCCUUCGGUGGGGUGUUGUAACCGCACCUGCCCAUUUUGUACAAAAUUUAUAAAAAUAAAAUAUGAGCAAAAACUUG